ACCAUAUUUUUCUGGAGGAAUUCAGAUAAAGAUUUCCUACAGAAAUCUGUAAAAUCCUACAACCUGAGCUAUGUUACACCUGACAAUACAGCGACAGCCCGAUCUGAGGAGUAGCAAAGUGAACAUUUUAAAAUGAUGAAAAGAUAUUCUGGCAGCGUAGCUUAAAAAAAGCUUAAGAUAGGAAGCCUAAAUUAACAUUAACCUUUAUUACAGGAGGAGAGGUUAAGCGAAGGUAAAAAAAGAACACAAGUUAACAUGACUUUUUAAAUAGGAGCAUUUAAAUGGAAUCAUAGCCUAAGCUACGGCAGCCUACAGGAAUUUCACUGGGUACUGUUUAUGCAGGCAAUCCUACACGUUAGGCUUUGCUGCACUAACACAGCAUAAAAUAUAGAUUCGGAGAAGAUAACCGAUGGAAGUUAUAAAACCCAACUAUUUUGUUGAAGAUGCUCGCUUUGCAAUAAAUUUGAGUCAGCACCAACGACAGCUCUGCAGUCCUCCAAUGUAGUGCAGAUCAGGUGGUUGCAGAGCCCCAGCUCGCAGCAAUACGAUGCAGCUGAAGAGGCAAGCACAAUCCACAGACAGCAACUGUAGCUACUCUCUAGAACAAGACGACCUCUAAGCCUAAAGCUUUCACAGAAAUGAUGUGCUGAUAUCGCAGAAGAGAUUACGGCAACAAUGGAAUACCCGAUAUUGAAUGCAUCUACCUGUCUGCUGGUCCUUCUGGUUUUCGUACCCACUGGUUUGGGUAUCUGCCCCUCUAACUGUACAUGCUCAGGAAAUGACAGGAAUGUGGACUGUUCAGGCAGAAACUUAACUGUGCUGCCACAUGGACUUCAGGACAACAUCACAUAUUUAAAUCUGUCCUUUAACCAGUUCGUAGAUCUCGAUCAUCAGCUAACGAGAUUCACCAAUCUGAGGACCCUUGAUAUUUCAAAUAAUUGGCUCAAGAAUGUUCCUGCUCAUCUGCCCAAGUCCUUAUGGGAAUUAUAUGCCAUAAACAACAACAUUAAGGUUCUUCAGAAACUUGACACAGCUUACCAGUGGAAUCUUAAAGUGCUCGAUGUCUCCAGGAAUAUGGUGGAAAGAGCUGUUCUGAUCAACAACACACUGAGCAGUCUCAAGUUGCUCAAUCUCAGUAGCAACAAACUUUGGACAGUUCCGACCAAUAUGCCCUACAACAUAGAGACGGUGGAUCUAUCCAGUAACUUCUUGUCCCAGAUACUUCCAGGAACGCUGGUGAGACUACAACACCUUACAAGCCUCUACCUGCACAACAACAAGUUCACAUACAUUCCUGACAAAGCUUUUGACCAGCUCUUUCAGCUGCAAGUAGUAACACUAUAUAACAACCCCUGGUCCUGCAGCGAUGAACAAAAUAUCCUGUAUUUGCUUAAAUGGGUGCAGGGAACAGCUGCCAGUGUUAUAGGGGCUCCCUGUGCCAAUCAAUCUGUGCUUUGGAGGAACGCCACCCCAACUUCAGCAGCUCCCACGGUUAUAGACUCUAGCCUCAUGAUUAAAGGAAUGAAGGCAGCGGACAAAGCUACUUCUCCAGUGGCAACUGAACCAACCCAAAUGACAAAAAUGCAUAAACAACUUAAAGCUAAGGAAGUUUCUACCUUGGCGACCUUAAGCCAAACUGUAUUGUUCACGAGCACAGACCGACCGCUGCUCCUCUAUCCAGAAGAUCCGACAACUAGGAAGGUUAGUUCUCAAGAAGCAGCAGCCACCCACACAAUCUACAUCAAAGAUUCAGCCCAGGUGAACUCAAGCCUGGCUCGCUCAACAGGAUCCUCCACUACUCCUAUGACUCUGAGUAUCACCAGUGGAAUGCCAACAAACUACUCCAAAAUGCCUCAAAGCACAACCGCUACCUUAAGGAGAGAGGAAUCCACUACGAGUGUUUUGAAUACUCAUGUGCCCUCCAAAGCAAGUAUCUGUGAGAUGUAUUUGGUUUAUGUUGUAAUGCUCAAUGCAGUGGCAACGUUCAUUGGCUAAGGGCUUGUCCCUUGUGAAAAUUGUUGAGUUUAUUCCUGUGACACAUAGCUGGAGUUAAGACAUCCAGGUCAAGUAAUGAAUCACAACACAAGAAAUUCAAAGCUCUGACUCUGAUCUAAAGAAAAUAACAGUUCUUCAGUAAAGAAGUGCACACUAAUGUCUUGAUACUAAGCUGCUACUUAUUUUAAUAUGUCUUAAUUGAGUAAAACUAACCUAUGAUUUUGUUUUUUAAAAUGUGCUUAUUUUGUAUUUAAAUUUUUAAUUUUAC